AUGAAGCAGGAGUUGUUUGACGCAGCCAAAAAGUACCAACCGCAACUACAUCGAGCAACUCUUCCCGAGUGGUUCAAUCCCGACUACAAGAAGUACGGCUUUGGUGAUUGGCCUGGAGGCAAUGCUACCAAUCCAUUUACUAAUCAUACCCUACCAUAUACCGGCUGGGUUCCUGUGAACGAUUACAUUAUCGAUAAGAUUCUGCCCGAGAUGAAGACUUUGGCGAAGAUGGGAACCGAAAUAAUGUGGUGUGACAUCGGGGGACCGAAUCGAACCGCCGAGUGGGCCUCAGAAUGGUUCAACCAGGCCGCAGAAGAAAACCGACAAGUUGUCAUGAACGCCCGAUGUGGCCUCCCAGGGGACUUUGAUACGCCAGAAUACGCCACAUACUCCGCCGUGCAAAGACGUAAAUGGGAGAGUAACCUUGGAAUGGAUCCAUACAGCUACGGAUACAAUCGCGCCACCCCAUUGGCAAGCUACAUGAAUGCGAGCACCAUUGUUACUAGUCUUGUUGACAUUGUUAGCAAGAACGGCAAUUUCCUGCUCGAUGUGGGGCCAACAGCCAACGGAACCAUUAUCGACAUUGAGCAGCAGCACCUUCGACAAGCUGGGAAAUGGAUCAAGACCCAUGCAGAGGCAAUUUUCAAUACUACCUAUUGGUUCAUUACACCCGAAGAAGGAGACGUGCGAUUCACUGUUUCGCAAGAUGCGUUUUAUAUCCAUACGAUUACAAAGCCGAACAGCACCCUCGCCCUAUCCAGUCCAAUCCCGUGGGUGGAGGGGGAUCAAGUUACAGUGGUUGGGGGCAAGAUGCAUGGUGCAGUUCUCCCAAGUCAUAAGUCCCGCAAUGGCUCUGUUGUUCUUUCGGUGAGCAAAGAAGUCGCAGCAGCCGAUCAAUAUGCUUGGGUUUUUAAGAUCUCUUACUAG